GGGGAAGUUUGGUCAGGUCUUCAAACUGGUUGAGAAGGCAACGAAAAAGUUCUGGGCGGGGAAGUUCAUCAAGGCGUAUUCGGCGAAGGAGAAAGAUAACGUUCGGCACGAGAUCAGCAUCAUGAAUAGCCUCCAUCACCCCAAACUGGUUCAGUGCAUCGAUGCCUUCGAGGGGAAGUCUGACAUCGUCAUGGUGCUCGAGAUGAUCUCUGGCGGCGAGCUGUUUGAGCGGAUCAUCGAUGAAGACUUUGAGCUGACGGAGAGAGAGGUGAUUAAAUACAUGCUGCAGAUCAUCGACGGGGUGAACUUCAUCCACAAGCAGGGCAUCGUGCACCUGGACCUGAAGCCAGAGAACAUCAUGUGUGUGGGGAAGACCGGGAGCAAAAUCAAGCUCAUCGACUUCGGCCUCGCCAGGCGACUAGAAAACGCCGGGACUCUGAAGGUUCUGUUCGGGACUCCAGAGUUCGUGGCUCCUGAAGUGAUCAACUAUGAAGGCAUCAGUUAUCCCACCGACAUGUGGAGUAUAGGAGUCAUCUGUUAUAUACUGCUGAGCGGUCUGUCUCCCUUUAUGGGCGACAAUGACAACGAGACUCUGUCCAACGUGACCUCGGCCUCCUGGGACUUUGAGGACGAUGCCUUUGACGAAAUCUCAGAAGACGCCAAAGACUUUAUCACCAACCUGCUGAAGAAAGACAUGAAGAAGCGCCUCACCUGUACUCAUUGCUACGAUCACAAAUGGCUGAAACAGGACACCAACACUAUGACGGCCAAGAAACUCUCCAAAGAGAGGAUGAAGAAGUACAUCCUGAGGAGGAAAUGGCAGAAAACGGGCCACGCCGUCCGGGCCAUCGGGCGCCUCUCCUCCAUGGCCAUGAUGGCCGGAGUCAGUGCCAAGAAGGGGUCGCCCACCGAAGAGGAUAACCAGUUCCUGGAGUGUUUGGAGAACGAGCAGAAGACGGAGUGUAAGCCGACCUUCAGCUCCGUCAUUAAAGACGUUGAAGUGGUCGAAGGCAGCGCCGCUCGCUUCGACUGCAAGAUCGAAGGUUACCCCGACCCAGAGGUGGUGUGGUACAAAGACGAGAAGCCCAUCAAAGAGACCCGCCACUUCCAGAUCGACUACGACGAAGAAGGAAACUGCAGCCUGGUCAUUUCAGAGGUGUCGGGAGACGACGACGCUAAAUACACGGUGAAGGCAGUGAACAGUCUGGGGGAGGCGACAUGUACCGCUGAGCUGCUGGUGGAGGUGAUGGCUGGAGAGGAAGAGGAGGAGGAAGAGGAGGAAGAGGAAUAGACUCCAACAGGAAGAGGUGCUGCUCCUCUUCAGCCUGUCAGACCUGAGCAGAAGAAACAAACCCACAAAUAACAGAUUCUGAUUGGAGGAGCAGGAGUAUCAACGCCGCAACAAAUGCAAAAUCAAAUUGCCCCCUGCCAACAACAAAGAUUUUCUUUAUCAAACACAAAAAAAUGUAACGUAAUUUAAUAUUCUAAGCCCCGCCCACCUGACACCUGGACACAUUGGAUGCAGCCGGAAAGCUAACAUCAGAACAAUUACAACUGUAAUGUUGAGAAAGUCAUAUUUCUAGCUAACGUCAUCUAUACUAAUGUCAGCCCACAAGCUAAUAAACCUUUGUUUGGAUGACAAUAGCUCACAAACAUUAGUUAAUGUGAAGAGAGUAAAGUUCAGAAAUAAAUAGCACAGCUGCCGGCUCGUUUUCAGUCUUAUGUGUUAAGAGUAUAUUCAUUGUUAGCGUUCUUGAGGAUAGCCUUGGAUAAUAGGUUUAUUAUUUUACAAACAGGAAGCAGUCUAAGUAAUAGUCUGGUAACACGUAGAGGUUAAGCUAACUUAACCACAUAGGGUUUCUGGGUAAUGAAGUCCUCCAAAUGAAAACAGUGUUGUGUCAUUUCCACUUUGAGCUGUUUAACAUCCAAGUGCCUUAAUUACAAAGUGCCUCUGUGAAUAUGGGCCUCAGGAUGAGAACCAGCAUGUGAUGAAAAGUCAUCCCCCUUAGCAUGUGAGAAGAGUCGUAUGUCUUCUCUUCUGUGUGAGCACUUUUCUUAUCUUAGUAUUUUUGACUUCGACAGCAGCUAACAUCACCUCUGCCUUAAACCUAGGUCACCUUAGAGCAACUCCAGGACACUUUGAAUCACCGUCCGGGUGAUUUUAACAGUUUCUACCACGCAUUUGUGACAUCGAGGGACUGCAUUACUAUUUGGCUGCCUGAAAAACACAUUGGUUAAACACGAUGUCCUCAACUCCGAACAUGUUGUAUUCUGAACUUCACAAAGUCCACAAUUAGUUUAGAAGCAGCAAUAAAAACGCCUGGAGGAACAUUUUUAAGAAGUGACCAAAAUCAACUGUGCGGAGGAACCACAUGUAUUUCUACGGAGAAACGUCUUCUUACAUUUUAAGUCUGUAUUUUAAGCCCCUUGUACAGGGUGUGUGCAGGAAUCCUGAAGUCACAUGGAAGACCUUUUCAGACCCUUUCCACACGUUUUAAGACCUCAUCUCCACUUUGAGUUCCAACCGGUUACCUUGGCGACACACUUUACCUCACAUUCACUAUAUACAGUAUUGAUCGUCCUUCCUCCUUAUCUUCCAACCAUUUGGACGCAGACUUGCAUUUCCCCAUAACGAUGCUGUUUAACAACCGGCGUAAACGGACCUUCCCGCGCUAUCAAGCAGUGAGCGUGCGACGUCCUGUUCAGAUGACGUCAAACCCAACGGGAUGCCAUCAAUAAACUACAGAAUCACACUACACUCCUACGCCGUGACUACAUUCAGGCAGACUGUAGAAUACAACCUCUUUGGACCAUUUAGAUACUUAUUGAAAACAAGCUACAACAUGUAACACCUUGGGAAAUGCCUUUUAAUACUUCUUAAGACCCCGCGGACCCCCUGUUUACAAAUCCAAUAUAUUAUUAUUAUUAAUUUGACUAUUGCAUCUUGGUAUCUAUUUCUUAUUUUGUAGAAAGGAGAUCCGUAUGAAAAAAGAUCCAAAUUAAAGAAUAAAUGUGUCGACGUUAUUCAAAUAACUUCGAUACAGAUCUCUACAGAAUUUCAUGCAAAUCAUAAAAGGAAUAUUAUAUUUAUUAAACGUUAAAGGAUCUCUUGAUUUACUUUCUCACCAAGAAAAUACCUUAUAUUUAUGAAUCCGUACCUUAUGGAUAUUCUCCUUUUGCAAAUAUGAGAUCGUUUUCUUGUUAUUACUUCUUUGCAUCUCAAAAACAUGAGAUCUCCUGAGUUUGAUAUCUCACCUUGGACACUUCAGUGCAAAUCAAAAAAACCUCUGCAAAUGUUGAAAAUCAGUUUCACUGUUCGUUAAGAGUCACAAGGUACACAUACGUUAUAAUGUGUGAGAUUCUUCUCGGUGAUAGUUUCUGAUUCGUCUCAAAGUGACAAACAUCGCAGUUCCUUCAAGUGAUGAAUGUAUGAGGUUAGAAGUGGUAGAAAACGGAGGUGAUUAGAAUCUGUGUCCGGAGUUCACACUCGUCCUGUUCCCGCUGAUGUCGAAGUCGUACCUUUGAUUAUUUCUCGUUUGCCACAUUCCAGCCGUUUGUUUGUAAAACAUGUAUUUAAAGGUUUCAGGGCUGACCCGCCAAAGAGAGUUCACAGGUGUGUGUUUGUGUGUGAUCCAUCUAACGUACCUGGGCCUGUUUGCUAGUUCUUUGUUUCUAGGAAUGUUUUUAUUUUUAGACUUAUUUAAUGCACAGAUUCAUAAUUAUAUUAUUAUCGUUUGAGCAUCCGUCUUCUUGCAGAUCUUCUCGCAGCACUUCAUUUGUCACCGUUUUUACAACUAAACCAAGCAGUGGACUCACUCCUAGACUGGUUUGUUUCUGUAUUAGAUGUAUGUAGAUUAUACUUCUCUAAUUGUUAUAAAUAUAUAUCAGUUUGAUGAACUGCAGAUGACAUGUAUGAGAACACUACGACUGUAGUAACUCACAGAAAUCUAAUAAAUCUAUCACCAAACCAAA